AGGGAAAAAGAAAUUAACUAGUGAAAGAGGAAACUAAAAGGAAAAAAGCGGCGAAAUAGUUGGUGAGUGUGUGUUUAUUAUCACAGAGGAGAGUACAGAGUUCAGAAUCGCAGGGACUGAGCAGAUGGAUUCUGAUUACGGAAUUGCAAGAGAACUUUCUGAUCUGCAAAAGCUUCGAUCUCAUUACCAACCCGAACUCCCUCCCUGCCUUCAGGGAACCACAGUUCGUGUGCAUUUUGGUGAUGCUACUGCAGCUGCAGAUCCCACAGGCGCCCACACCAUAAGCAGAUCUUUUCCUCUCACUUACGGCCAACCUUUAGCACACUUCCUGAGGUCAACCGCUAAGGUUCCUGAUGCUCAAAUAAUUACCGAGCAUGCUGCGGUUAGGGUAGGAGUAGUUUUCUGUGGUAGACAAUCUCCUGGAGGACAUAAUGUUAUUUGGGGUCUUCAUGAAGCUUUAAAAGUCCACAACCCCAAAAGUGUUUUGCUUGGAUUUUUGGGUGGUUCUGAUGGUUUAUUUGCACAGAAAACUUUAGAGGUUACUGAUGAAGUUCUUGCAACCUACAAAAAUCAAGGGGGUUAUGAUUUACUGGGACGGACAAAAGAUCAAAUUAGAACAAUUGAGCAAGUAAAUGCAGCACUUAAUGCAUGCACAGCCUUGAAGCUUGAUGCACUCGUCAUUAUUGGAGGUGUGACAUCAAACACAGACGCUGCCCAACUUGCAGAAACAUUUGCGGAAAGAAAAUGCCCAACUAAGGUGGUUGGUAUUCCCGUUACUUUAAAUGGAGAUCUAAGAAACCAAUUUGUUGAGACAAAUGUGGGUUUUGACACAAUAUGCAAGGUUAAUUCCCAGUUGAUUAGCAAUGUCUGCACUGAUGCACUAUCGGCAGAGAAGUAUUAUUAUUUUAUCCGACUCAUGGGGAGGAAGGCAUCUCAUGUUGCAUUGGAGUGCACUCUCCAGUCUCAUCCCAAUAUGGUCAUUCUUGCCGAAGAGGUGGCUGCAUCGAAACUUACAAUUUUUGACAUCACAAAUCAAAUAUGUGAUGCAGUUCAAGCUAGGGCUGAACAAGAUAAAUACCAUGGGGUCAUUCUUCUGCCAGAAGGACUCAUAGAAAGUUUCCCUGAAGUUUUUGCUCUGUUGCAGGAAAUUCAUGCUUUGCUCAGACAAGGUGUCUCUGCUGAUAACAUUUCUGCCCAACUGUCACCUUGGGCAUCUGCAUUGUUCGAGUUCCUGCCUCCAUUUAUAAGAAAACAGCUCCUUCUUCAUCCAGAAUCCGAUGACUCUGCGCAGCUAUCGCAGAUUGAAACAGAAAAGCUCUUAGCUCAUCUUGUUGAAGCAGAAAUGAACAAGCGAACGAAAGAAGGAACCUACAAGGGAAAGAAAUUCAAUGCAAUUUGCCAUUUCUUCGGUUAUCAAGCUCGGGGAUCAUUGCCAUCAAAAUUUGAUUGUGACUAUGCCUACGUGCUUGGUCAUAUUGGCUAUCACAUAAUUGCUGCUGGUUUGAACGGUUAUAUGGCAACAUUAACCAACUUGAAGAAUCCUGUGAACAAGUGGCGAUGUGCUGCUGCUCCUAUAACAGCUAUGAUGACUGUUAAACGCUAUGGCCGUGGUCAUGGAGCUUCAAUCCUUGGAAAACCAGCUUUACAUCCAGCAACUGUUGAUCUGAAAGGCAAAUCCUACGAGUUAUUACGACAAAAUUCGACCAAGUUUUUGAUGGACGACGUAUAUAGAAACCCAGGACCACUUCAGUACGACGGUCCUGGUGCAGAUGCCAAGGCAGUAACUCUCUGUGUUGAGGAUCAGGAUUAUAUGGGCCGCAUCAAACUACUUCAGGAACACCUAGACAAGGUGCGUUCUAUAGUGAAACCAGGGUGUUCGCAAGAUGUUCUGAAAGCCGCAUUGUCGGCCAUGGCUUCUGUGACCGAGAUUCUCUCUGUUAUGUCUGCAGCUUCUGGUGGGAGUACUCCCUUCUAGAACACUUCUUUGCUUAUUUAUAUUUUUCUGAUAUUUCUGCUGCAGUUAAAACUAACUUCUCUAAAGUUUGUGUGAGGGUUCAGAAAUGGUGACAGACCCAGUUUUGGUUUCUUCAUGAUUUGCACUUUUGUUAAAUUUAUUAUAUUUAUUAUAUAAUAAUGUUUUAACAUGAGAAUAAUGUUUGGUUGGAAUUGGAAUUGGAAUUGGAAUCCAGCACUUCGUUAGGUACAUUUUUUUGGUCACCAUCCGGCUUAAAUAAAGACAUAUUUCAA